AGUGUUUGGUGCGGUGUAUCUGUGUUUAGUGCGUUCGCGUGUGCCUGUGUGCGUGUGUUUUUGAGCUCGACAACAAAUUAUCGUUUAAUUUUCUUCGAUUUUGCACAAACAACCAGCGAGGAACGAAGGGGGAUGUCCUUUCCACCACCCCUAGAAUCCGCCACCUAAGGUCAUAGGUCGCCAGCAGCAGCCAGGAGUCAACCGAGGAGCGGCUUAAGUGAAAGGCAGACAAAAGCCAACGAACCCGGGAGUCGGGAGCAAAACCAGACAGUUGGCAAACGGAUUACGCACAUCCUGUAGCUCAAAAAGCCAGCCAGCCAAGCUAUCAAGCCACAAUGUCUAAGCACACGGACAACGAUAAUCUGCGCAAUGACAUCUACGAAAAUCUUCCCUGUCAGGCGAUGUACAACGAUUCGGUGCGCAAGAUGCAGCAGCAGAAAUCUUCAUCCACAACGACGACGGCCAAUCCCAAUGCCAACUGCAUUUCUGGACCAGCUACCAACAACCAGCUGCCCAAAGAGAUGUUGUAUGCCACACCGCUGCGAAAAUCGGAUCGCUACAAGAGCGGCGAACGGAGUCGCUCCUCCGGAAAUCCUGCGGAGACCAAGCUGUCCAACUUUCGGGACUCCAAUCGACUGGCCAGCGCCCGCAACGGAAAUCCCGUUCAGAUCACUGAUUUAGAUGCGGAUGAGGACGAUAACCAGGUGGAUGGCUGUGCCUCGGGUUCCAAGUACAAUCGAAAUGAGCAGCAGCAAGGCGGCACUACAGCCAACCAGCAUUUGGAGGAUCGGCGCAUCCUGAACUUCCUCAAGGACACCACUCAGCUGCAGAAGAAGCUGGAGAUCACGGGUCGCGAUUGUCCCAAUGCCAGUUUUUCAAACCUGGCGAGGGAGGAGCACUUUGCCAACCUGGUGCAGCAGAAUUUUCCCCAGGAUGUGGCGCAUCAUUCAAAUGGGGAGGUGAAUGGAGGAUCAGCACCCGAGGAAGAUGGUCAGGAGGCAGCGGGUGGGUUAAAGCCCCAGCCAUCUGAAGAUACCGAUGGCAACCUGGAGGCUCUGAUGCAGCGCAAGGUGUCGCCGGACAAGGAGGUCAACGGACUGGUUCACCACGGCGGCCUGGAGCCGAACAAUCGGAUUGUGAGCACCGUUUACAUUCAUCGCGAGUGGGUGCUCAAGAAGAUUGCCCUCUGUUUGGAGCAGCGAACGGCGGGCAAGAAGCCGGUGCCGGUGGCUUUGGGAGCAGCCUCCUCCAGUUAUGUUUCGGCCCGGGCCAAGGCGGCGGCCAUCUCGAGUUCCAGCUACAAUGGCUGUCUCGUCUUGGGUUCAAAUGGCUCUGGGAAGACCUCCAUCUGCCAGGCCAUCAUGAAGGGCAACUCCGGGACCAAGGGCAUACUGAACAGGAAGCUGCUGGCCUGCUACCUCAUCGAAUCGCAGAAUCCCGAGUGCCACAGCCUCUCGCUCUUCAUGCGAAAGAUCGUGCUGCAGCUGCUCAGCCAUGCCUCGCUGAUCAGUCGCGAUGAGAGCCAGCGGAUCAUCGACGAGGGCUUCUCCUUCCUGCGCGACGAGGCCCAGCAGCAGGAGUUCAAGCUGGACGAGGCCAUGAACAACAUCAGCAUGAGCGAGAAUGCCGAGGAGCUGCUCAUCGAGGAGCUCAAGAGGGGAGCGAAUGAGUUAGACACCAAGGAGCUGGACAACUUCCAGUCGCAGCGCACCUCCACGGUUAAUAAGGCGACCAGGUCGAGCCUCACACGUCAGCAAUCGGAGCCGGCUCCAUUGCAGAUCCUCGAUGCGGAGGCAGUGAAUACGGAAGAGAAGCCUGGCAGUAAUUAUGGCACUCAUCCACCCAAGCGUGCCUCCCGGGAAAGGGGAGGUGAUAACGAGCAGGACAAGGACUUGGGCAGCGAAAAGGAGCAGCAAAGGGAGCCCAAGGAUCCUGUUAAAUCUUCGCCUGCCAAGAGCAAGUCCAAGAUUCCCGUGAAGCGAGGUCGUUCCGGCAGUGGAGUGCUCUCGCCCUCGAAGCUGGCCACGAUUAGCAAUGGCGGCGGUCAGUCCAUUCAGCAGGGCGGUGGCGAGGAUAUAGCCGAUCUUAGUACCGAUCAGGAGAAGCACGAAAUCGAGGCGGCCAUCAAGGAUGACAAAGUGGAGGAGGCACAAGCUCCUCCCAAGAUCUCCGAAGAAGAUAAACCGGAGGCGGAUAAGGAGCUAAAUGAGAUACUCAAAGAGGAACUAAGCAAGGAAGAAGAAACCAAGGAAGGAUCCGCUGAACCUUUGAUUGAUUUCACCGAGACCAAAGUGAAUGGCAAACCGGAAAAGGAGAAGGAGGAGGAGGACAAGGAGGAGGAACCACAGCUGCAGGCACCUCCAGUGCCAGGUGAGAAGCCCCGGAUGAGCACCAAUACUCUCCCACCACCGCUCCCGAAAACAAAGAGCUGCCGCACCAUCAUAGCCGAUGGCUACUACGAACUGCUGCUCUCCAAUCCGGAGAUCCUCGAGUGCCUCAGUGUGGACAACAUCGAGAAGAAUCCGGACGAGUGCUUCAAGAAGGCCUUCCUGUUUCCCCUGCUGGAACUGACUCCUCCAAAGACAGCGUUACUCCUGCUGAUAGAUUCAAUUGACGAAAACUACAUCAACGAGGGCAACCUGAUCUCCACUCUGAAAGGAGGCAGGGGCACAGCCACCAACCACAAGAGUCGCAAUGUGGCGGAGCUCCUCUCGAAUCACAUUCACCUCUUUCCCAAGUGGCUAUUCCUGGUCUGCACCACCAAGAAGCAGACCAAGCAGAUCACCAAGAUGUUCACGGGCUUCAAGAAGAUCACCCUCGAUGAUUUGCGCAAAUCGCAUGUGGUCAAGGAUGUGCAGGAGUACAUCAUCAAUCGACUGAACUCGGACUUCAAGGACAGCAUCAUGCUGACCAAGGAGAUCAUUGAGUCGCUCCACCAGCUGUACAUCAAGUCGAAUGGUUGUAUCUUGUAUCUGGAGAAGGUUCUCCAUGGCAUCAAGGAUAACUUCUUUAGUUUCAGGGAGAUCAAGUUGAUUCCCUGCACCCUAAAUGGUUUGUAUUUGUACAUCUGCCAGAAGUCCUUUAACAAGAAGCAGUACAUGAAGAUCCGUCCUUUGUUGAAUGUCCUGCUGGCCUCCUCCGGUUACGUGGACAAGCUCUUCCUGUUCAACUGCCUGCGCACCCACAACUACACCAUCGAUUGCCAGGAGUUCGAGAAGCGUCUCCAGUUGAUGCGCAACAUCCUGGCCUACGACUCGAAUGCCCAGCGCCUGAAGAUCUUUCACAACUCCUUUGCCGAUUGGCUGGUCGAUGUCAAGUUUGCCACCAAGAAGUUCAUCUGCGACGUGAACGAGGGCCAUGUGAUGAUCUCCAUGUACUAUCUUCUGGUUGCCGACACACUCUGUGCAAAUACGGUGCGUCGGUUUGCCUACCAUCUCAUCCGAUCGGGCGAGUAUCUGACCAGCCGGCAUGUGGAUAUGGAUCUCAUCCUGAUGCUGCUGGAAUCGAGGCUUAACCUAAGCGACUGCUUCUACACGAACCAGAUGAACUGCUGUGCCCAGUGCGAGCAUGACUUCAAGUACGACAUGAACUUUUUGCCCAAGACGCGGGCCAUGUUGGAGCGAUUCCUGGCCAGCGAGCUGAGCGAACCCUUCGCCCAGUUCCUGUGCGAUUUCUUCAAGCCCAGUUUGCCCACGGAUGCCAAGAUGCUGAAGCUGCUCAUCGAGACGGGCAUUAAUAACGCUGAGUCGCAGAACUCCUGCGAAUCCUCGCUGAUGUCGCCGGAACUCUCGGAGAAGUCGCAAAACAUAGACUUUGAGCUGGCCGACCUCCUGUUGUCCAGCGAGAAGAGCUGCCUGCUGGAGACGCAGCGGGCAGGCAGUCCCUCGGAGCACAGUGAGCCGCCGGCGGAGAGCCAGGACGAGAAUGCCUCGAGCACUUUGCACCAGCUGUCCGAUUCGCAUCACAUUGAGCUGCACAAGGGCAAGGCCCUCAUCCACAUCCUGGCCAACGAUGGCAAUCACCAGUUGCUGGAGAGGGCUUUGAAUGCCUGCAAGAGUCCCAUCGAUCUGGAGAUUGAGGAUUACAACGGGCAGACUGCCCUGAAUAUAGCCGCUAGGAAUGGCCAUUUGGAGGUGGUGAAGCUACUCUUGAGCUUCUCGCAGCCCUGCAACGAUGGAACUGGGCGGAUGAAGCGGGUGGAUGUCAACCAUGCCGAUCGCGAUGGCUGGACACCGCUGAGAUCGGCCUCCUGGGGCGGCCACAGUGAGGUGGUCCGUUUGCUGAUUGCCCAGCCGGCGUGUAAAAUCGAUCUGGCGGAUAAGGAGGGACGCACUGCAUUAAGAGCCGCUGCCUGGAGUGGCCACGAGGAUAUCUUAAAACUACUCAUCGAAUCGGGUGCGGAUGUCAACUCGGUGGAUCGUCAGGGACGCACUUCCCUGAUAGCCGCCUCCUACAUGGGUCACUACGACAUCGUGGAGAUUCUCCUGGAGAAUGGAGCUAAUGUGAAUCACUUGGACCUGGAUGGACGCAGUGCUCUAUGCGUGGCCGCCUUGUGUGGCUCCUCUGGUUACAGCAAGGUCAUCUCCACGCUCCUCGAUCACGGGGCCAACACAGAUCAGCUAGACAACGAUGGCAUGUCGCCGCUGCUGGUCAGCUCCUUCGAGGGCAACGCCGAGGUGUGCGAGUUGCUCCUGGAGAAUGCCGCCGAUCCGGACCUGGCUGACUUCAUGGGACGCACUCCUUUGUGGGCCGCCUGCACGGCGGGACAUGCCACCGUAGUCAAGCUGCUGCUCUUCUGGGGCUGCGGCAUCGAUUGCAUGGACUCCGAGGGACGAACGGUGCUCAGUAUUGGCGCCGCCCAGGGAAAUGUGGAGACUGUGAGGCAGCUGCUCGAUCGGGGAUUGGAUGAGACGCACAGGGAUAACGCGGGCUGGACACCGCUGCACUACGCCGCCUUUGAGGGAUUCCACGAGGUGUGCCUGCAGCUGCUGGAAUCGGGUGCCAAGAUCGAUGAGUGCGACAAUGAGGGCAAAACCGCCCUGCAUUUGGCCGCCCAGGAGGGAAGGCUCCACUGCGUUCAGGCGCUGCUCGACAUUCACUCCAGUUUCGUGGAUCAGAAGGCUCAUGAUGGCAAGACUGCCUUUAGGCUAUCCUGCUUAGAAGGCCACAUGGACACCGUGGAGUUCCUGCUUAAGUUCUGCUGCGAUGUCAACUCCAAGGACGCCGACUCGCGCACCACUCUCUACAUCCUGGCACUCGAAAACAAGCUGGAGAUCGUGAAGUAUCUGCUGGACAUGACCAAUGUGGAUGUGAAUAUACCAGACAGCGAGGGGCGAACGGCGCUGCAUGUGGCCGCCUGGCAGGGUCAUGCCGAUAUGGUCAAGACCCUGAUCGAGGCCGGAGCGGAUGUGAACUCCAUGGAUCUGGAGGCCCGCACGCCACUGCAUUCGUGCGCCUGGCAGGGCAACCACGACGUGAUGAACAUCCUGCUCUACUACGGAGCUCUGGCGGAUCACGCCUGCAAGCAGGGAGCCACUGCGCUGGGCAUUUCCGCCCAGGAGGGCCACGAGAAGUGUGUGAUUGCCCUGCUGCAGUUCGGAGCAAAUCCCUACAAGUCGGAUCACUGCGGACGCACGCCCAUCAAGCUGGCGGCCAAGUCGAGUCGCACCAGCAUCCUGAAGAUCUUCGAGAGCUACACCAAAAAUGAAGCUAGCAAUCCCAACGAGCCCAAGUUCCAUGCCCAUGCCAGCAUGCUGAGAUCUCCUGAUCAGCCGCCUGCUCUGCCGCUCCACCAGAAUCUGGCCCCCUAUCCGGCCCAUGCCUCCGCCUCCUCGGUCUGUUCGGCGGCCACCACGGCCACGGUGCACAAUGGCAGCCACCUGCACGUCCUCAAUGCCUCCAGUUCCACGCACAGCUCGAACAACUUCUACCAGAACACCAUGCAGUCGGACACGAGCAGUUUGCACAAGCGCAAGAGCGUCAUCUCUAGUCAGUCCACGGGCAGCAGCAAUGAUCAAGCGCCGCUUACCUUCACCCAGCAAUUGCAGCGACAAAGCAAACUGAGCUCACGCAACAAUCUGAUGGUCAACUCGGAGCAUGCCUCCAGUUCGGGAGCGGCAGGACACAAAUCCAGUGGCGGUGGUGGUGGAGGCGGAGGUGCCCAGCGGCACUCGCAGGUGCUGCCCGAUCUCAGCGAGCAUCAGCUUGCAUCCAACAUGACCAACGAGGCGGAUAUGUACGACAUGGAGUGCAUGUCCCCUCUAUAUGCCACGCCCCCGCAUUCGCCUAGCAGCGAGUUGAGUUCACCCGGCCAACUUCCGGGCCUGAAUGCCUUCGCGGACGACGAGCGGGCCGGAACUAGCGGUGCAGGUGCCAAGCUGCCGGAUAAUCACUUCGCGCGGGACACGCACAUGCGUAUAAUUCUGGGCAACCUCAAGGAGAAUCAGCCCAGCUCCUCGGGCAAAAGCAAGCGCAGCGGUGUAUCCAGCAAUCCGGCAAUGCGGCUCAUCCGCAGUCGCUUCGAUGCCGCCUCCCAGUUGAUCCGGCGCACCAACAACAUACUCUCCUCCAGCAGCAAUCAGGGCUCUUCGAGCAUCAGCGUCAAGUCGGGCACCUUCCAGUGGCGCAAGGAGAGUCAGAUGUAAACACCACCAAAACACCCAAUUGCAUACUCACCCCUUAAAACCUAAUUUAUUUGUACUUUUGAUAAAGUAUUUGUUUUUUGUGAUAGUUUCAAUUUUAGUAAACUUUUUAAUAUGUAUUCUCUGAUUUAACUAAAUAUAUUUAGGCAUACUACCUACAAAUACGAAGUAGUUUAAGGCAUGCUAAACACCCAUAUAUAGAAUACUUCAUUACCAUUUUUGGCAUGCGAAUUGUAGCAGAUUCUUCUUCAAUGUAGCGAAAAAAAAAAAAAAACUAACGAAAUUUGAAAUAGAUCGACGACGACGACACGAAUGUAUACUUAAGAGAGCGCUCAGACCACAGCACUGUUCUCAGAAUUAAUUUUAAAGUAUUUAUUAAAUCACCUUGGCUUAUAAUUUAACUAUAAUUACAAUAAUUUACGCUGGAUCAGGACGACUUCCUGCUCCGAAAGCCAUACUACUCCAAUGCGCAUUUAUUGGCAAUCGGCUAUAGGAAUGUAAUUUAUUUAUACGAGCUACUUUUACAAUUACUUCUGCUUACGUCAAUUCCUUUAAAUGCAGUACCCCAAAGUACCAAAAACCCAUUAUCCCUUCCCUUCACUCGAAGAUCCCAGAGAUACGAUAUAUGUGUAUUAUAUUGCUCGCACCCUGAACUCAAAGCGGUCCGUUCCUGUACCUAAACACUUGUCACUAAUUUUAUGUAACCCUUAAGCCGGACACACCAAUCGAAUACGAGAAUACACAGCAAAGGCAUUAAUUAAAUAUUUUCUGAAACUCUACUCCCCACUGCAAAGCAGCAAAUCACACAGAUCACAGAAACACACAGAAAACAACGCACUGGGCUAAAUCCAAAAUGGAAAAAACGAAAGAGAAAAGUUGAACAGCGAAAUGUUAAUGAACAGAACAAAAAGAACCUAAUUAAUUGUUAACGAAACCUAUAAAAUACCGCAGAAUACAAUUGUUUAGAUAUACAUAAAUAUAUAUAUUUCAAAAGCAUA